UUUCAAUAUAUCUUCUUUGGAAAUGAUUGAGUUCAAUUUCAACAACCUCUCAGGUAGAAUUCCAACCACUACAGGUCUUCAUCUUCAGAACCUUCAAGAACUUCUCUUGGGAGAAAAUCAGCUGGAAGGGGAAAUUCCAUCGUUCAUAACAAAUGCUUCCAAGCUUCAGAUUCUGUCGCUAGAAAAUAACUUCCUCACAGGAACUAUUCCUACUAAUUUGGGGAAUCUUCGUGAGCUGCGAGAACUGUUACUACAUACUAAUCAACUUACCAAUGAACCAAGAGGGCAUGAGUUGCGAUUCGUCGAUUCUUUGACGGACUGUAGGAUGUUGCAAUAUCUACAAUUGGGUGCCAAUCUAUUGAAUGGUGUUCUUCCUAAUUCUAUUGGGAACCUUUCAUCUACUAUUCAAAACUUGUAUAUAGCAGAUGCACUCAUCAACGGCCUGAUUCCUACAAGUAUAGGAAACAUGAGCGGUCUUACAACCCUAGUCUUUGAAGGAAACAACUUGACAGGGAGUAUUCCUCCUGAGAUUGGUAAGCUUAAACAACUCCAAGGGCUAUCUCUAAGUAACAAUAAAUUGCAGGGACAUAUUCCAGAGUCUGUAUGCCAUUUAUCUAAUUUGGUUAUAUUAUUUGUGGAUGCUAAUCAGCUCUCUGGAUUAAUUCCACAAUGCUUAGGAAAUCUUAGCAUGCUACAACAUCUUUAUUUGGGUUCUAAUAAAUUUUCAUCAAAAUUUCCAUUGAACCUUUGGAAAAUGAGCCGUCUUCUCUAUCUAAAUGUGUCACGAAAUUCUAUAGAGGGAGAAGUUCCAUCUGAUAUUGGAGGACUGAAAGCCAUUGUAGAAAUACAUCUUUCCAGUAACCACUUCUCAGGCAUGAUACCAAGCAGAUUGGGAGAACUCCAAAACCUGCAGUAUCUUGACCUAUCAAACAAUUCAUUUUUUGGCCAAAUUCCAUUAUCCUUUGCCAACUUGAUCAGCUUGGAAUUCUUGGAUUUGUCUUUAAAUGCAUUGUCAAGUACUAUUCCUAAGUCUUUGGAAAAACUCCCAUACCUUAAAAGCAUUAACGUUUCAUUUAAUGAUUUAGAAGGUGAAAUACCCGGUGGUGGUGUGUUUGCAAAUUCCACUGUGCGAUCAUUUCUCGGGAACAAAGGUCUGUGCGGAAUGCACAUAUUGGAGAUUCCUGCUUGUGUUGUCACUAAUCCUGGAAAACAAUCAAAGCUUAAGGAGGUUGUGCUAAAAAUUGUUACUCCAGUGGUUAUUUCAUCCUUGAUGAUAUUCUUGUUGGUUUUAAUUUGGGUAAUGAAACGACAGAAGAAAGGAAAGGCCAAAGAUGUUGAAAAGGUAAUGGAGAUCAUGACUCAUCAAUUAGUUUCUUAUCACGAGAUUCAACGAGCAACAAAUAAUUUUGAUGAAUCCAAUUUAAUUGGUGUGGGAAGCUCUGGCUCUGUGUACAAAGGCACAUUAUCUAGUGGAACUGUAGUGGCCAUUAAGGUUCUGGAUUUGGAAAAUGAGCAAGUAUGCAAGAGGUUUGAUACUGAAUGUGAAGUGAUGAGAAAUGUUAGACACAAAAAUCUUGUUCCAGUGAUCACUACAUGUUCUAGUGACUAUAUAAGAGCCUUUGUUUUGCAAUUUAUGCCCAAUGGAAGUCUUGAGAAUUGGUUGUACAGAGAAGAAUCCCACUUGAACCUCCUUCAAAGAGUCACCAUAAUGCUUGAUGUAGCUGUGGCAAUUGAAUAUCUGCACCAUGGUCAUAACACUCCGAUAGUUCAUUGCGACCUAAAGCCAGCCAACGUUCUUUUGGAUGAAGAUAUGGUGGCUCAUGUUGGUGAUUUUGGCAUCUCUAAAAUUUUAGCCAUAAGUAAGUCCAUGGCACAUACCGAGACAUUGGGCACUCUUGGAUACAUGGCACCAGAAUAUGGCUCAGAGGGAAUAGUGUCCACUAGUGGUGAUGUUUAUAGUUAUGGCAUCAUGUUGAUGGAGAUUUUGACCAAAAAAAGGCCAACAGAUGAAGAGAUAUGCCAUGGAAAUCUUAACUUGAGGAAAUGGAUAACACAAUCAUUUUCAGGGACUAUGAUGGACGUUGUGGAUGCCAAUAUUUUUUCCGAGGAAGAACAGAUCACUUCCAAAAGUGAAAUCUGCAUCGCAUCCAUGAUAGAAUUGGCUUUAGACUGCACAAAGGAAAUGCCAGAAUCAAGAAUAACCAUGAAAGAAGUAGUCAAAAGGCUUAACAAAAUCAACAACACAUUUCUGGAAACAUAGAAAUCUCUUUCGGUG